AACAAGGAAAUGAAUUAACUUAGCUUUCGUUUCGGUUUUUACUUGUCAUGUGUGUCAGAUUUUCUUUGCAGGUUCCAACAUGGGCGACUCUCCUCUCAACCCCCUGGUGCUGAUCGGUGUCGGAUCCAGCUUCGCUUUCUCUGGUCUGUUUUAUCAUUUGUACCAGGAGAAGAAAAAGGAGUUACAGAAGCUAAAAGAAAUACCCCUGUUCAAACCGGAUCAACAUUUAGUUAAAGUGCUGAAGGCAAAUGCACACAAGCGACUCCAAUAUGUUGCUGUUGAAGGUGUUGUCCAGGCAGAUGGGGAGCCUCUGUCCAGCCGGUUCGUCCCUCGCUGCUUUGGUGUCAUUCAGAAGAUUGGUCAGGAGGAGAACUGGAAAUACUGGAACUCUGUCACCAGCACCUGGGACUCCCGGACCACCAAAAAGACCGAGACCAACAACUCCGUCCCCUUCAGUCUGGUCAACCCUGAGUCCUACAUCUCUGAUGUUUCUGUGAAGGUCCACAACCCGUUAGAGGCCUCUGGAUGCUUCAUGGAGAGGGUUUAUUUCAAGGUGAAACGGGCUGAGGAGGGCCUGGUGGAUGCGGUUUUGCAAGGUCUGAGCGGUGAGAAACCCGGGACGAGGAAUGAGACGGAGGAGCUGCUGUGCGUGGGGAGGACCCUGACCGGGUUUGGAGAAGUGGUGCUGGAGGGAGACCAGGUCAUGAGGCUGCAGGCCCCGAAGAACGGCCGCCAGUACGUCCUGGUGCCCUCUGAUCACAGAAGCUUCUUGGACAGACACGAGGCUUCGGCCAGCAUGUGGAAAACGCUCAGUACUGUAACGGGGAUCACGGGGGCUUCUCUUCUCACCGGCGUUUUAUACAACUUAUUCAACAAACAGGAUGACAGAUCUAAAUAGGCUUGAAGGGGGGAGUCCUGCUGGUUUAAAACCGGCAAAGCGGCAUUGCAACACUUUCUAUUUUAGUUCUUAAGCCGCCUCAGAAGUCUGUUGUGAAAUCCUGAGGUUAAAACAUUUGCACAUUGUUGUGGUUUCAAGGGAAGAGUUCCUGUUAUGGUGUAGGGGCCAUCGGAGACUUUCAUAACACACAGCAGGGUCCCUCUAGUGGUGCAGCUUUAGAAAGCAAGUACUUAAGCAAGUAGUCCUCAGUAAACGUCUUUGGGGAGUUGGAAACUCAUCUAGUGAAAAUGUAUAGAUAUGACAGACAGAGAGGCUCGGAGAUGAAUAAUGGAAAAUAAAACCCUCAAAAUGUCUAAUCUUAAUUUCUUGGACUAUUGGAAACGUAAAGGAAAUAAUCAUGUGGUUCAUUAAUUUUUCGCUGAAUGUUCUAAGAAUGACAUGAAUCGAAACUUUUAAUACAUAAUGUUUGACAUAAAUUAACUUUGGGAGUCUCUUCAGUGUUGCCGUGGACCAUUUUAAGGGAAAAUGUUUUUGUUAUACCAAUGAAGCUGAUUUUUAUUUCUUGAUUUUUGGUAAAUUAUUUUGUGAGGGAUGUUUUUUUUUCUUUGGAUUUUUUUUAUUUUUUAUCUGUGAAUCUGAUCCUAAUUUCUUGUAACAUUUCUUUCAGUCCAAGUGCCAAUUCUACUGCGGCCUGGUAACUGAAACAACGUGCUUUUAACAGAUACAUUUCUUCUUCUUCUACCUCUUGGAUUGUUGCCUUUACCACUCUGUAUUUAAAUCAUGAGCCCAAUGCUUUUUCACUGUAUAUGAAAAUUAAACAAUAAUUUUUUAAAGGUGGUGGCAUUAAAUCAUGUAACAUUUAACUUUAAUAAAGCAAAGCUGCAUCUUGUAGAAUAUGGAGAAGAAAAAGUGAGUCACAUGCAGGUGCUUGAAUCCAAGCAGACUAAAGGCUUCUCUUCUUUAUUUUGAUGCACAUUCCUUAAGUGACAGCGGUAUGUGAUUAAAAAUGGAUGCCUGUACAGAACAGAUCCUGAAGGUUAGUGGAGGCAGAAUGUGGAGGAUGAAGAUGAUAAACCAUGUCCCUUUAGUUUGAACUGUUUGCAGGUUUGACUUUGUCCAUCUUGGAGUGCUCCUCGUUACUCUCCCUCUUCUUCUGAAGACUCCUCAGCCUCUUCCAACCACUGGAUAAACUUCUGAAGCUGAAGUAGAAAAAAAAAAACAAUACAAGGCUAUGAGAUUCUGUAUUGAAGGAGUCAAAGUGGAAGAUUUUAGGUUACACAAAAUACAAGUGCAUUUAUAAUGAUAUGCAAAUAAAAAAAAGAUGAUUUUCCACAACGAGCUGAACAAAGUGCCCUAAAACAAGGCCGGCUGAGUGCCAACUCUUGAAUGGGGAAACAGUUGAGGUGUAUUAUAAUUUCAGAGUGCUUUUAUCAAACUGUCUAGUUGUGAAAAACAGGUUAUGUCACUUGUAGUGUACAAUUUAGUGUACUAAUGCACCAAAUAAAAAAAGUCAA